GUCCACGCCAUCCAACUUAGCGGCUUCAAGACUGCGAAGGGCUGCGGAUCGACUGGCAGACAGCGCCGGCAGCUCCUUGCGAGGCUCUGAAGCUGCGCCGUCAGAGGCACCGGCGCAGAAGGCCGAGGUUCCAGUUCCGCUCCCCGUGGAGCGCACGCCGCGCUCCAAAUUGACACAGAGCCUGGCCAAGAGAAGGCGCUCUUCCAACAUGUCCUCACCGAGGAGAUCGCCGCAAAGCGCCGUUAGCGAAGACUCGGUCCUUCUCCCGACCACAAGUUCCAAGCUCGGUACGGCUGCUGAAGCCCAAAUUGCGGGUGCUGAAGAGCCCCUUCUACGCCAAGAGAAUGCUCCCCAGAGUCUUCAUGUUU